AAAAAGAAUCGGUUCGUGUCUUCUUCGAUGUUCUCUCUUUAAAAGUCGGUAUCUCUUCUGCUCCAUCUUCUUCGUGUGUCUUCCUCCUCCUACUCCCUCACAGUGGCACGAGCUCACAUAUCAGGUAAUUAACAGAGUCAACGUGAGCAACAUGCACAAGGAAAAUACUGGUGAUGCUUCAUCACCACCUACCCCUCGUGCUCGUCAUCACCGGAAGAGAAACACUGAUGUUGCUGCAGGAGCAAGCAAACCAAACGGAAGCAAUUUACUUGUCAAUGACAGUAGCAAAUACAAAUCGUUUCUCAUCCGAGCAUACUCCACUUUCUGGAUGAUUGGUGGUUUUGCUCUCAUAGUUUACUUGGGCCAUCUCUAUAUUACAGCCAUGGUGGUUGUUAUCCAGAUAUUCAUGGCACGAGAACUUUUCAAUUUGCUAAGAAAAACUCAUGAAGAUAAACAGCUCCCCGGGUUUAGAUUACUCAAUUGGCACUUCUUUUUCACAGCAAUGCUUUUUGUAUAUGGUCGUAUACUUAGUCAACGGCUAGUCAACACUGUGACUCCAGACAAAGUCUUGUAUCGACUGGUCACCAGCCUCAUUAAAUACCACAUGGCAAUCUGUUACUCCUUGUAUAUAUCCGGCUUUGUUUGGUUCAUUCUGACGUUGAAAAAGAAGAUGUACAAAUAUCAGUUUAGCCAAUAUGCAUGGACACAUAUGAUUUUGAUUGUGGUGUUCACUCAAUCCUCAUUCACUGUCGCCAACAUCUUUGAAGGAAUCUUCUGGUUUCUUCUUCCUGCAUCACUUAUUGUCAUCAACGACAUCUUUGCUUAUAUCUGUGGUUUCUUCUUUGGAAGAACGCCGUUGAUCAAGUUAUCACCAAAGAAAACUUGGGAAGGUUUCAUUGGAGCUUCUAUCACCACAAUGAUCUCUGCAUUCCUGCUUGCAAAUAUAAUGGGACGUUUCCUAUGGCUUACAUGUCCCAGAGAGGAUCUAUCCACGGGCUGGCUCCAAUGUGAUCCGGGUCCAUUGUUCAAGCAAGAGACACAUGCUUUACCAGGAUGGAUCUCUAAUUGGUUACCUUGGAAAGAUAUUUCUGUUCUACCAGUUCAGUGGCAUGCUCUGUGUCUUGGAUUGUUUGCUUCUAUAAUAGCGCCUUUUGGUGGCUUCUUUGCUAGUGGUUUCAAAAGAGCUUUCAAAGUCAAGGACUUUGGUGAUAGUAUUCCCGGGCAUGGUGGAAUCACAGAUAGAAUGGAUUGUCAGAUGGUGAUGGCUGUUUUUGCAUAUAUAUACCAUCAAUCAUUUGUUGUACCUCAAAGCUUCUCUGUUGAUAAGCUCUUAGACCAGAUAAUAACAAGCCUGACAUUGGAGGAACAACAAGCUCUAUUCAUGAAGCUUGGCCAAAUGUUACAAGAAAAGGUUAUUGGAUCUUAGACCAUCAUCACAGGCCUUCAUUGUACCUUCCAUAUACCAUAUACCAUGCGUGUGUUAACAAGAAAAACAUUUGGAUACAAAAGAAGAAAGCAAUAGAUUCAUAAGUUUAUUGUCUUUCCCGUUUUCAGCUCACAGCUUUGUUAAAGAAAGAUCUCUCACUAUAAGAUGAUGCACUAACACAAGAAACAGAGAAACAAAAGCGAUUCAGCAAGUUAAAAAUCAAUACUUCUUAAGAUCAUAUCAUCCCCAAUAAAACUAAUACAAGAAAAAGAAUCUAGACUCUGUAUCUUAGAGAGUUCCACUUCCAAAAAAAAUAAAACAAACUUCGAAAUUUCUGACAAAACGAUGAACAAAAAACUAUAUUUAUGAUCUUCUUAUGGGCUCUUUCUCCCCCCAAUUUUUCCUUCUCAUUGCGUUUUUGGCUUCUCGAUCUUGACGUAAGGAAGAACUCCCAGAAAGUACUUCACCUUUGGAUUCCAUCCACGUUGCUGAGCUCGACAGAACAUCAAGAACGUGUUUGCAAAAUAAGAGUUGAAACUCAUGAAUACAUGCCACAGAGCAUGUCCCUGAGGAUUCACAGGCCACUGAGAUAUCGUCUUGCAGAAAACACGGUCACAGAACCAGCAAACGCUUCCCACUAGGAUCGUAGCAACAUACCAUUUCGCAAUCCUUUUAGCUGCGGUGUCCUCUGUGUGAAUGUAGUACUUGUACAUCCUAGGGAUGCACAGAAGGCAGAGGAUCACGUAGUGGACCUUGAAACCGAUGCCAAACCUGAGAUAAGCGUGGACUGCAGCAAAGGCAGCACCGUAGAGGAAAAGAAAAGUGGGCAUAGUGCUUCUGUAAUGCCAGUCUGGUGAGUAGAGGAUGUACAUGUAGAGAAGUAUCUCCCACACCAUUGGGGUUUCAUCACUCUGUUGUUGCCUGUUUCAAUCAAAAGACAGAUAAUCAUCAACCAAAUUUCUGGAUCAAUCAAACAGCAAGGAAGUGCGACUUACACGUGCUGCAAAGUGGC